AUCGUUCUUCCGUCGAUCUCUGAGUACCUAGGUGGGUAUCAUCGAUAUCAAACGCAUUUUGCUUGCAUCUUUUCCUAAUACUUUGCGACACGAAUACAAACCGGGAGAAAUGUUACUUUUUUACGAUGAAUAUUCGUCGGCUGAAAGGACGGCGGACAGGGAAGAUAUCUAUUAACGAUAUUCAGGCAACAGCAGGAAUCGCGCCCAACGGACGCUGCGCUUUAAUUGGUCUUACAAUUAAAACGCACGGUGGCUAACCAAAUCGUACUGCCUUCGGCUAACAUAACUCAUCGUAAGGGACACGUCUUAUUAGUUACUGAGUAGAGAUGCGAGAAGUGAUUCGAUUCUAGGAAUAUGGAAUCAUAACCCAGGUUGGCAACAUCUAGAAGUUCUCGUGGCCUCAAUACGCGCCUCUUGUCCAUGGCUCUGGGUUCAACACCCCUGUAAAUGGGCCAAUGGUAAGAGGGUCGUGGCCCCAGUCCUAUAUUAAUGGCGCACUCUCACGCCAACAGGCUUACCUCCUUACAUCGCGGCAGUGUUAACACUGUUAAACACCAAACCCGAUUUUCGCCUUAAAUAUGAUAUAUAUAACUGAUUCAGUGACUUUCUAUUACUUCUCAAAGAUGAUGUAUUUCACUAGUCAAACGAGAGCGCAAUAGCAAGCAGCAAAUGGGGGGGUUUCGCAGUACCCACCUCGAGAUAUGCUGUGCGGUGUAUGUCUCGAAGGCCUCCGGGGCAUCUGGGAUCCUAAAAAAGGCACGAGACUUGGACUUUUGAGAAAUUUUCCAGAAAUAGCGGAAAAGGAGUUCCAUGGCAUUGACGACGAUACUUACGAUGAGGUUCUAGGCGAGUACGAAAUCCGAUCGAAGAAGCCAGAACUCUACGUCUUUGGCCAUCACAUCGAUUAUGACUCUUUAAUACGUUCUAAGAAAAUAGGCUGUGUCGUAUGUAGUGAAAUCGACAAUGUAGACGAUUGCGAUGAUGUAUGCGAAACAUUAUUAGACAUAGGCUACUUCACGGUGUUCCGCAUCGAUCUACCACGGGGCGACAGGCGUCAGCCAGUAAUGCUAGUGUACUCAGGCGAUCCAAUGUCGGAAAUAUUCCACGAAAUCGUUACACAUGAUGAAAAUGACGAAGUUAACUCUGCGAUUUCUCAUUCAACGUCGGACGCGCAAACAUGGGCCCACGUUCAGACGUGGGUAGAUAGGUGCAUGAAAGGACAUGAAACAUGCCUUCAUCAGGACUCUAUUUUUUUCGCGCCUACUCGUCUUCUCGAGUUGUUUCAUUCGGGCGAUGAAAAAUCGUUCCGCCUUAUCUACCAUGACGAAUUCGACGCAGCAGACCGAUAUGUCACCUUAAGCCACUGCUGGGGUCCGGAGCCAGCUGAGAAAAAAUUACGACUUAUAGAUUCCACUCGGGAUGAACUACGGGUUGGCCGGCCCGUUUCAAUUCUCCCGAAAACUUUUCGUGAUGCAUUCGAGAUAAUUGAGCGAUUAGGGGUUCGUCACUUGUGGAUCGAUAGGUUGUGUAUCGUCCAAGAUUCGGCCGAGGAUUGGCAAGCAGAAGCGUCCACGAUGCAGUCAAUCUAUAGCCAUGGAUGGUUAAACAUCGCAGCACUCGGCGCAAAGGAUGAUCAAGCUGGGUGUUUCUUCGACCGCGACCCAACAGUCGUUUCACCCACCGUUUUCAAUCUUAGCCCGCCAAGCAGUAAUACCACAACAUUCUAUCGGUUUGAUCUGGAGAGGGAAUCCUGGAGGAGAGACUUUGAAGGAGAGUUGCUGCUUACACGUGGUUGGGUUCUCCAAGAACGAAUUCUUUCCACUCGGAAUCUAUACUUUGGGAGUAAGCAGGUCUUUUGGGAGUGUUUCGAAACCAAUUGCUGCGAGACUGUCCCGAACGUCAGAUUAGCUGAAUUGGAUCGGAGCUUUUCUACCCCACGUAACGCGAAUCCCAGCAAACAAACAUGGAAACCUCUCAUACAGCCCGAGAGAAAGGGUUCUGGGUGGACAAUAACGGACUGGUUUAGCGCAGUAGAAACUUAUUCCCAAUGCAAUUUGUCCCAUUCCAGCGACAAGCUUGUUGCUAUAUCCGGAUUGGCGAAACGCAUGGGAGACAUGAUGAGAAUUCAACAGGGACUCGGACAUGAUGUUUAUCUAGCAGGCUUGUGGGGACACACCAUGCCUAGAAGCUUACUGUGGAGGCCAAAAACACACGGUCGUCGAAUGUCAUCAUACCGAGCCCCUUCGUGGUCGUGGGCGUCUAUUAAUGGGGGCAUUUUCCUAGACAAUCCUAGUGGGUCUCAUUGGCAUGUUGAUGUGCUUGGAACUGAAGUAGUACCCCAAGGAAGUGAUGUGACAGGGAAAUUAAAUGGCGGUUUCCUGACCCUACGAGGGCAUGUCUGUAGGGCGCGAAUCUUCAAGAAGGCUAACAACGGGCCAAUUGGGCGUGAAUUAUAUCUUGUGAGCUCUUUUCAGUAUCCUCAGUCCGACGUCGCCAUAGAUCUCGAGUUCGGUAGCUCUUACGUUCAAUUUGACGUCCCUAACGAAAAUUACGAAGCGGUGGCCAUACUGAUAUUCAACAUCAGGCCCCACAAAGCCUUCUCUUUCGUAGACGUCAAUGGCUUGGCAUUGGUCUUUGCUGAUGAGUCCAAGUCUUCAUAUCGUCGCGUUGGGUACGCAUUUUUGAAAGUGACGGUAGAUUUUGAGGAUGAAAAUUUUGAAAAGGAAUUGCUUGAUGAAUUUCCUGUGAGGGUUGUUGAAAUUGUUUAGAUUCAAUUCUACUUUGGAUGGAGAAUGAAUCGUGUAAACUGGUUCGUACCUAGUAAUCAGAAGUUAGUAUUUUAUUAAUUUUUUGAAAUGGAUGUUAUUGGUGUUAUUGGUGUUAUUGUGAGUUAUGUAAUUAUUUAAUUUUUUAGAUCUUUUUAUAUAUAAGAG